UUAUAACUUAAAAGGAGGAGGGACGCCCACGUCCACGUGGAGUAGAAUGUUGUCCAGUUUCCUACAGAGAACAGUUUUUCACAGUAUAAGGAGAGGAGCUAGCAGUAGAGGAAGAUUUAGAAAUUUUAUCAAUAUCAGUCCUGAAGUCAAGGAGGCUCUGCAUUGUGGGAAACCAGUGGUUGCCUUGGAAACAACAAUACUCACUCAUGGAAUGCCAUAUCCUCAUAAUAGAGAAACGGCACUAGUGGUUGAAGAAAUUGUUAGGAGUCAUUCUGUUGUCCCAGCAACCAUAGGCGUCAUUGACGGAAAGAUUCAUGUUGGCUUGACGAGUUCUCAGUUGGACCAACUAGCUGAUCCAGAGGAACCAAAAGUCAAAAUAUCUUGUAGAGACCUUCCGGUUGCUUGCAGUAAGGGAUUAUCUGGUGGUACUACUGUCUCUGGUACAUUAUUCAUUGCUAACAGUGUCAAUAUUAAGAUAUUUGUUACUGGAGGAAUGGGAGGAGUUCAUCGCCACGGAAACAUAAGUUUUGAUAUCAGCUCUGAUUUAACUCAGCUAUCUCGUACUCCAGUGGGUGUGGUCUCGUCUGGAAUCAAAUCAAUACUUGAUAUCCCUCGUACACUUGAAUUAUUGGAGACAUUAGGGAUCACUGUAGUAACUUUUGGACCAUCAAAAGAGUUCCCGGCAUUUUUUACGCCCAAAAGCGGUUGCUAUGUUGACAAUAACAUGGAAACUCCAUUAGAUUGUGCUAGACUAUUAGACGCUAAUGCAAGACAGGAGACUAAUAGUGGUCUACUAAUAGCUGUUCCCAUUCCAACGGAUGUGGCUUGUGAAGGCCUGGCAGUAGAAGAUGCUAUACAAGUGGCUUUGAAAGAAGCAGAUACUAGUAAUGUAACUGGUAAGGAAGUGACUCCAUUUAUACUUAAAAGAGUUAACGAAUUGACAAAGGGAGAAUCACUAAAAGCCAAUAUUGCAUUGAUAAAGAACAAUGCUUCUGUUGGUAGUAAGAUUGCCAACGAGCUAUCCCAAUUACGACAAUAUCCUUGUGAAACUCGACACUUUAUUCCGCCCAUGCAAAAUUUAACCACACCCAGUAAUUAUCAACCGGUCAUUGUUGGUGGGAGUAUUAUUGAUAUUGUUGUUAAAGCUAAGACCACACCCAUUACUAGGGAGGGUACUAUCCCUGGAUCAUUGUGGAGCUGUGAUGGAGGAGUUGGUAGGAACAUUGCAGAGUAUCUAGCAAGAAGAGACUGUAAUCCUUUACUGGUGUCUGUUGUUGGAGAGGAUGAAAAUGGAGGAAAAAUCAAGAGGCGUUUGACAGAAUUAAAAAUGUCAACAAGAGGUAUCCUGGUGAAAGAGGGAGCUUCCACUGCCUCUUACUGUGUUGUUCUUGAGGAAUCAGGUGAAGUUCACUGUGGCAUAGGAGACCUUGAAAUUAACAAACACUUGACAGUUGAUUGGGUGAAGCAGUUCUCUACUGUUCCCCCGUCAUUCCUUUGCUUUGAUGCUAAUAUUCCAAUUCAUGUCAUCACAUAUAUCUGUAAUACCUUCUCUCAAUACAAUACACCAAUAUGGUUUGAGCCAACUUGUGUUCGUAAUUCAGUCAAACCUAUUACAAGCGGAGUCAUUGAUAAGAUUACUUAUGCAUCUCCUAAUCUCUCCGAACUUCAUUGCAUGCACAAUUCAUUAGUUGAGAAUGAGAAGCAGGCACCUCCACUGAAUGUAUCCAAUCUUGAAGACAUUAUUAAUACGGUCCUUUCUCUCUCCGACCCUCUCCUUUAUAAUGGCAUGCAGAAUCUUCUGGUGACCCUUGGUACCCACGGUCUCAUGUAUGUCACAAAAGACGAGGCCCUUCUCUACCCCUCUGCCCCCUCUGGUUAUCCAGUCAGUAUACUUAAUGUCUCUGGAGCUGGAGACUGUCUUGUUGGUGGCGUUAUUUCUAGUCUGUUGGAAGGUCACUCGAUCGAUGCAUCGAUUAAAAUCGGUUUGCUGUCAGCUCACACUUCAUUAAGAUCCUCUGAGACGGUAGCGAUACCUAAUCAAACUGACUUUGGUGACUGGAUGAAAGUGGAAUCAAUCAUUUGUAAAAGAAAAUAAUGAAAUUUUUAUCAUUAAAAUUAUAUUUUUCGUUGUACGUGUAUUACUUAGUCAAAAUAUUAAAUUAUAAAAAUAUUAACAGAGUCCAUCAACUCUUCCCUCA